AUGGAUGAGUGGCAGUCCACGCUCCUCCUCUGGUUCCAUGUCCCAGUCUGGCUCGGGCUUCGCCAGGCUCGGGAGAUGGAGAUGGAAUAUGGAAUGCAACUGCAGAAAUUCAUGGUCUGUCAACAUGCACGUGGACAGUUCGUAGGUCUACAAGACACGGCGGCGAGUCCGCUGUCUGCGUCGUCAACCAUUGAGCUUCAGGCUAAUUGCAGCAAGAUAUUGACGAACCGCAUUGGAUUUGUCGCAUUUGUGCGCCCAAGGGCAUGGGCAGACACGCCUCAGCUGCUCGUCUCUUCGCCAGCAAACCUUUAG